ACAGUGACUGUGCAGAACUGACCUGGACGAUAAACAUGUUUUGAACCGUGCCUUUCGUGUAAGUUUAAUCUUCGAGCCCAGCGGAACAUAGAGGUUCCGCUUCCUGCAGCCCGGACCGAGCGCUCUGUCUGCUGCACAGCUGCUGAUCUCGGCUGACCAGACCGAGCAUGGAGAUUUCAUUUGCGGGCAAACGAGCUCUGGUCACCGGAGCAGGCAAAGGGAUUGGCAGGGCCACAGCUCUGGCUCUGGCUCGCUGCGGGGCAAAGGUCACAGCAGUCACGCGCACGAAUGCCGACCUGAACAGUCUGGUGCAGGAGUGUGCGUCCAUCAACCCGGUGUGUGUGGACCUGGCGGACUGGGCGGCCACGGAGGCAACCCUGCAGGACAUUGGCCCCAUCGAUCUGCUGGUGAAUAACGCUGCCUGUGCCAUCCUGCAACCGUUUCUGGAGGUCACCGCCGACCAGUUUGACCAGUCAUUCAAUGUGAAUGUGAAAGCUGUACUGCAUGUCUCCCAGAUAGUGGCUCGUGGUAUGAAGGCCAGAGGAUCAGGAGGCUCCAUUGUCAACGUGUCCAGCCAGGCCUCGCAGUGUGCCCUCAGAGACCACACAGUCUACUGUGCCACUAAAGGAGCACUGGACAUGCUGACUAAAGUGAUGGCUCUGGAGCUCGGACCCCACCAGAUUCGUGUGAAUAGUGUGAACCCCACAGUGGUGAUGACUGAGAUGGGUCGCCUGGGCUGGAGUGACCCCAAAAAAGCCAAGAUCAUGACUUCCCGCAUACCCUUAGGCCGCUUCGCAGAGGUGGAGGACGUGGUGAACAGUAUUUUAUUCCUGCUGAGUGAUAAGAGCAACAUGACUAAUGGAGUCACUCUGCUGGUGGACGGAGGCUUCCUGGCCUGCUGACCAACACCAGCCUCCUCUCAGGACACUGCCCAUCUACUCAGAGGAAAAAGAACAAAUACUUACUGUGUUAUUACCUCACUUCAUUAUACAAAUAAAGGUCAGUUUUAUUCAGCAAAUAAACUCAACCACUGCACAACCAA